AACAUAACAACCUCAAGACCACUAGAGCUAGUCUGUAUGGACUUUCUCAGUCUGGAACCAGACAGCAGAAAUACCAGAGACAUACUUGUAAUGACUGAUCAUUUUACAAAGUUUGCAAUCGCCCUGCCAACUCCAAACCAGAAAGCAAAAACGGUAGCCAAGUGUCUAUGGGACCAUUUUAUCGUCCACUAUGGCAUACCAGAACGCCUUCAUAGCGAUCAAGGUCCCGACUUUGAAUCAAAGUUGAUAAAGGAGUUAUGUGAGAUCUCAGGAAUCAGGAAAACAAGAACAACCCCUUACCACCCACGGGGUAAUCCUGUCGAAAGAUUCAAUAGGACCUUGCUCAGUAUGUUAGGAACACUUGACAACGAACAGAAAUAUCACUGGAAAGACUAUGUUAUGCCCUUAGUGCAUGCAUAUAACUGCACGCGCAGUGAUGUAACAGGGUUCACACCCUAUGAACUAAUGUUUGGUAGAAAGCCCAGACUACCAGUCGAUCUUGCCUAUGGACUUCCUUUGAACAAAGAUCAGAAAGUGUCUCAUUCCCAAUAUGUGCAAAAUCUCAAAUCUCGGCUAGAGGAAAGCUAUAAGCUAGCAUCAAGAAACGCACAAAAGGUUGCAGACAAGAACAAGGCCAGAUUUGAUCACAGAGUCACAGUUUCUAACCUUGAACCCGGAGAUAGGGUUUUGGUUCGGAACGUGCGACUACGUGGCAAGAAUAAACUUGCAGAUAAAUGGGAGGCAGAUAUACAUGUUGUGGUCAGACGUGCAGGAGACCUACCAGUUUAUGUUGUGAAACCAGAGUCAAAAGAAGGUCCCUCUCGCACACUACACAGAGAUCUCUUGCUCCCAUGUGGUUUCCUUCCUGUAGCAAUUGAGGAGAUACGUGAGCCCAAAUCUAUUCGUCGACCUCGGACUCGUCAAACUGCCAAUACAGAGGAUACUGAACUCGAGGAAUCUAAUGAAACCGACCAUGAGUUUUUCAUCCCAUGGGUUGAGGAAUCCCCAUGUCAAAGGAUCACUCGAUUUACCACAGUACAUGAGUAUUCCAAACCGUCACCGAACAUGGACAUCUUACCUGAACCUUCUGCUGGACAGGAUGGAUCAGAGGAAAAUAUUGAACCUGAAGAACUUGAAGAUCACUCGCUUUCAGACAACUUACCAGAUGAAGAAGAUCCUGGAACUGAGUGUGGCAAUCUGCCAAGCCCUAAUGAAUCUGUGGAUGAGGAACCAGGUACCUUACCUGAUAAAUCUCCUGAGGAGGCAGGAAAGGAACUAAGAGACCAUCCCAAAAACUUACCUGAAGGAUUACAAAGUGAUGAUCCUAUUACAACUCAACCUUUGAGGAGGUCAGAGCGAAACAGACAACCACCCAGAAGACUUGACUAUCAGGAUUUGGGAAAUCCUCUAGUGACUGUUGUGAAAUCUUUGUUUCAGGGAUUGAGUACAGCUUUUACAAACUCCCUGAAUGACAGAAAUGGACACUAUGGAAUAUACAUGCAACGAGACGUGCAUGAUAUUCAACAGGGGAGGGUGUAACCCGGUAGAGAAAAGUGCUCUAUUUCUCUUCUUUUAUUUGUUUUAUGUAUACAUUUUAUUUUGAAAAACAUUUUAUUUUGAAAAGAGGAAGUGUUGAUCCUCUCUCUUUGAGUUUACAUCCUGUUUGACGGUCGUUGCUAAUGAUCGUGCUGCGUGAGCGAGGUUUUCACCCACACGUUGCUGACCGAGCAUCGUAGAAACUUUCCAGUCUCUGAGCACGAAGCAGAGAGGCUGCACGACGAUUCCUCUGUUGUGUUCUACUUAUACACCAUCUUGGCUAGGUUUCUAAUGCUGAUUUAGAGACCAUCUGGUUGGACUGAAUGGAUUUCUCCUUGAUUGGAGAUGGCGAGCCUGAGCCCGGAACUGGAUUCCUGAACGGAGAACCACAUUCGUUUCUUCAGCACUGAUUCAUCUUGUGGUAACUACUCACCACAAGAUCUGGAACACUAUUUGACUGAAAAGAAAAAAAACUGAAUGGUACCAGACGACUAAAACAAAGACAGACUCUGACUAAACAAACUAUGGGUACUAAUGGGAACAUGAACCAACCUGAUGUGGACUUUUGAAUACCAGUUUGUGAAGUUGAAUUCUUGUUUAUGCUUUUGUUCCAUGUUUAAAAUAUACUAAUUGUCUAACUCAUUUCCUGGCUCCAGCUAUUUCCUUGCGUAUCACUCCUAGCUUACAAUACCUCAUCCGAACCUAGAUGCUGGUCUGUUACUCUUACAUACUUAG